AUGAACAUCGCAUGCUCCAUACCGUCCACGGUCUCCAGCAUAUCUUUUUCGUUUCUUACAACAGAGGAUAUACGCCGGAUUUCUGUCAAACAGAUUUUGAAUCCAGUGUUAUUAGACGAUUUAAACCGGCCCAAUAUUGGGGGAUUAUACGACCCUGCACUAGGUCCAAGUGAUCGUCAGGACAUUUGCGCAACAUGUCGCCUCACAUACUUCACCUGCCCUGGCCAUUUUGGACACAUCGAGCUACCUGCUCCUUUGUAUCACCCUCUGUUCAUGGCGAAUUUGUACAAUAUACUCCGGGGAACAUGUUUAUUUUGUCAUAAAUUCAAAAUCAGUCGUUCAGUGAUAUGCAAGUACAUCGCUAAGUUUCGUUUGUUGGAACGUGGUCUUUUGGGAGCUGCGCAAGGCGUGGAUGAACUGCGCUUGCAAACAAAGAAGACUCAAGGGGAUGACGAAGAGGAUGAUGCUCCUGACGAAACUAUGGAGGAGUUUGAAAAGCGCGUCAAUUUAUAUGUCGCAGUUCACAUCCAUCGGGCUUCAGGCAGCAAGCGAGACCAUUACAAGGAUAGCCUCGUUUAUCAAGCACGGAAGGAUCUCAUAAACGAGUUCAUGAAGAACACCAUCUUGAAAAAAUGCCAGAACGAGGGUUGUGGAGCUCAUGCCUACACAUUCCGUAAGGAGGCACACACCAAAAUCAUUGAAUAUGACCUUUCCACGAAGCAAAAGAUUCAGCAUAGUGCCGUCGGCGUCAAGCGUCCCGACGUACUUCUGUUCCAGCAUGAUGCUCCUAAAACCAAUUCUACACAUCAAAGCCCUAGCGAUGCUUCAGACUCGGAUACGGAGAUGUCAGACCCUGAAGCAGAAGGGGAGGCAACUUUUUCAGACGAAGAUGAGGAAGGGGAACGUGAUCAACCUUCGAUAACCCGCAAGGAUAUGCGUCCCAGAGCGGCAAAUGGGAAGGUAAAAACCAGUCGUGGACGAAAUGAAAGGGUCAUGGCACCGGAGGAAUGUCGUGCUCACUUGAGACGGCUUUUCCAGAAGGAAGCUAUCAUAUGUUCCCUUCUCUUUGGAAGGCAUGGCCCCUUUGCCCCCAUAUCAAGGGAAGGUCUGUCUUUCGCCUCCGCAGAUAUGUUCUUUAUGGAAGUGGUACCUGUCUCGCCUACCCGAUUCCGACCACCUGCAAAAAUGGGUGAAACGCUCUUUGAACAUCCCCAAAAUGAACUUUUAUCAAAAGUUUUGCAUACAUCCUACCGAUUACGAGAUUUGAAUGCUGACCUCCGAGCUGCAACUUCCAAAUCUUCGGAGGCCGAUGAAUCAUCACGGAGGAAACUUCUUGGAACACUUCUCGAGACCCUCAUUCAAUUGCAAGCCGAUGUUAACAGUUUCAUGGACAGCAGUAAAAACCCUGCACCUAUGCGCCAAGGCAAGCUUCCUCCAGCUGGGGUGAAACAAAGUUUGGAGAAGAAAGAGGGACUGUUCCGGAAACACAUGAUGGGAAAACGUGUCAAUUAUGCCGCUCGCUCCGUUAUCUCACCCGACGUCAAUAUUGAACCUAACGAGAUUGGAAUCCCCCCUGUUUUUGCUAGGAAAUUGACUUUCCCUGAACCUGUAACUCCUGCGAAUUUCCACGAGCUACGUCAGAGAGUGAUCACUGGACCAAAGGGUUAUCCUGGAGCAACGAUAGUUGAAUUCGAGGAUGGGCAUCAACAGUCUCUGGAGAAACUGAGUGUUGAGCAGCGAACGGCCAUUGCAAACCAGCUGCUGACGCCGCAAGGUAGUAACAACAACGGCUCUGGGCGCAGUGGCCUCUCAACUCGUACAACAUCAAUCAACAAGAAAGUAUACCGACAUUUGCAAGAUGGUGACAUCCUCAUUUUGAACAGACAACCAACUUUGCAUAAGCCAAGCAUGAUGUGUCACAAGGCUCGUAUUUUACAAGGCGAGAAGACCAUACGAAUGCACUACGCAAAUUGUAACUCAUACAACGAAAUGAACAUUCACUUUCCUCAAAAUCAGGUUGCACGUGCAGAAGCGAUGUUCAUUGCGAAUACCGACAACCAAUACCUUGUUCCUACAUCCGGUAAGCCUCUUCGAGGACUAAUUCAAGAUCAUGUCGUAGCAGGUGUUUGGAUGACCUGCCAAGAUGCAUUUUUCUCUCGGGAAGAAUAUUUCCAGCUUCUCUACGGUGCUCUUAGGCCGGAAGAUGAUUCACAUAAUACAGGUCGUUUGGUGACUAUGCCACCAACCAUCUGGAAACCUAAACCUCUGUGGACUGGCAAGCAAAUCAUUUCAACAGUACUGAAGAAUAUAACCCCAAGCAAUGCGGGCGGCCUUAACUUGGACUCCAAAGCGAAAGUGCCGGGUCACCUUUGGGGCAAGGACUCGAGUGAAGACAAGGUCAUUUUCAUGGACGGAGAACUCCUUUGUGGUGUCCUGGACAAGUCGGCGUUCGGUGCAACCGACUUCGGUCUAGUUCACUCAAUAUACGAGCUAUAUGGCGCUGAUAUAGCCGGCAAUCUACUUGGGAUACUCAGUCGCUUGUUCACGAAGUUCUUACAACAUCGGGCGUUCACUUGCCGGAUGGACGAUUUGGCACUGACACCUGCUGGUGAUGCACGUAGAAUGGACUUGUUACGCCGCGGUAGCAAUCUUGGUACGGAGGGUGCUAUCGAAAACUUCCCCUCGCUAAGCAAAACUGCGAAGGCGGAUAUUCCAGCAGCCCUUUCAGCAUUGUUGGAAGAUGUCCUGCGUGACGAUAACAAGAUGGCUGGCCUUGAUGUAACGGUGAAGACCAAGCUUUCGACGCUCACAAAGUCGAUAGCCGAUGCUUGCAUGCCCCACGGUCUUCUUCGUAAAUUUCCCCAUAAUCACAUGCAGACUAUGACACUUUCCGGUGCUAAAGGUAGUGCUGUCAAUGCCCAGCAAAUAUCUUGUGCUUUAGGUCAGCAAGAGCUGGAAGGCCGUCGUGUACCAGUAAUGGUUAGCGGCAAGACUUUGCCAUCCUUUAAGACAUUCGAGACGAAAGCUAUAGCUGGUGGAUAUGUCGCUAGUCGGUUUUUGACUGGCGUGAAGCCGCAAGAGUUCUAUUUCCAUUGCAUGGCUGGUCGCGAAGGUCUUAUCGAUACCGCCGUGAAAACAUCACGCUCUGGCUAUUUACAACGUUGUUUGAUCAAGCAUCUAGAAGGAAUUCGUGUCCAUUAUGACCAUACCGUUCGUGGUAGUGACUCCUCGAUUUACCAAUUCCAAUAUGGAGGAGACGCCCUGGAUGUAACGAAACAGAAGCAUUUGCGCCAAUUCGAAUUUGUUGCACGUAACGACUUGACCUUCCUCAACCUAUACAGGCCCAAGGAUAUCGCGGGAUUGGUGAACGACAGCGACGCCGUCGAGUAUAUGAAGAAGGUACUCAAGAAAAAAUCAGCCAGCCGAGAUGCAUUUACCCCGACUCUGGACUUAUAUAGUCCAAGUCGAUAUUUGGGAAGUACAUCAGAAAAUUUCGCUGGAGCAAUCGAUAAAUACGUGAAGGCCAAUCCAGAUAAGCUUUUCAAACCAAAGGAUGUGGACGCCGAGCUUCCUAUAAAGAGAAGGCGCCAAUUCAUUCCUACAAAGCGUUUCCGUCUUCUAAUGAACGUCAAGUACAUGCGAAGUCUCGUGGAACCUGGAGAGGCCGUGGGCUUACUUGCAUCACAAGGAGUCGGAGAACCAUCAACUCAAAUGACUUUGAACACAUUCCAUUUUGCUGGUCACGGUGCCGCAAAUGUCACACUCGGUAUCCCUCGACUGCGAGAAAUUGUGAUGACUGCAUCACAAAAACCCAAGACACCCUCCAUGACUAUGGAGGUUCGAUCAGGGAUUCCACAGAUAGACAUCGAUACUUUCUGCAAGAAGGCAAGCCGAUUGGCCCUAUCUCAGGUUGUCGACGAUGUAACUGUCAAGGAACGCUUGACUGUGAAAGGCGAAGCCAGGCGCACGGAAUUUGUAAUCGACAUUGCCUUCUUUCCGAAAGAAGAAUAUCGGGAAGAAUAUGAUGUAGAACCAGCUGAAAUUCUUGCUUCCUUCGCAACUAAAUUCCCCCUAAUUCUCAAAAAGGAGAUACAGAACGAAAUGAAGAAGCUGGAUGCAGACUUAAAAAACCAGAUAGCAGAGCUGGGGAAGGGGAAGGCCGCUAAGGAAGGAGUGGCCGUGGAAAACGAAGCAGACGGCGAUGGCGGGGAAGCUCCAAGUAGAGAUAAGGAAGAUGAAGAACGAAGUGAACAGGGUGACGGCGACGCGGAGGAUGCUAAACGAGCAAGGCAGAGGAAAGAACAAACUUCUUACGAGUCAGAUGAAGACAGUGAAUCUGGAGAACUAGAUGAUGCCGCUAUCGAAGCAGCCUACGCAUCCCAAGGCGAGGAUGAUGUCGAGCAUGGGGACAAUGGUACAAAGAAAAUAGGCCGCCCGACGACUCUGCGUGAUCAAGUGGACAUAGUCACCGACCUUUUCAAGCGUAAUUUCCAUAGUGCUACUUCUUUCAAAUUCACAGAAAGUGGCUGUUCCAUCCAACUAGAGUUUGGUGCAGAUUUUCCUAAACUACUACUGGUGGGUAUCAUAGAAAGAACGUGCCGCAAAACUAUCAUUCGCGAGAUUCCCGGCAUAACAGAGUGUUUCAGCUCUGUAGUCAAGGACCACGGUAUGGAGAAGAUAAGACUCACUACUAACGGAUCUAAUUUCCGCGGUAUCUGGCUUUUUGCAAGUGGCGCGGACGAAAGCAUCAUCGAGGAUAACAAUAUUUACUCAAACGACAUUUAUGCCAUUCUGAAGACUUACGGAGUUGAAAUGGCUCGUGCAGCAAUUUUGCGCGAGAUGGGUGGAGUCUUCGAUGCAUACAAGAUAGAUGUUGACUUCCGACAUUUGGAACUUAUUGCUGACUACAUGACCUUCGACGGUGGUUACAAGCCAUUUAAUCGCAAAGGCCUGUCAACAAAUCCAUCUCCUCUUUUGAAAGCCUCCUACGAAACGACUGCAGCCUUCUUGUCGGAUGCAACUCUCUAUGGUGACUUUGACGAUCUGACGACACCAUCUGGAAACAUAGUAAUUGGACGGCCUAAUCAGACGGGCACGGGUGUCUUUGACGUAGUCAUGCCUGUGGGUGCCUAGCUCAUUCAAUUAUGUGGCUAGUAAAAAGUACAAUAUAUUACUCUUUCGUCGUAUAUGUGUGUUUUGGAUAGAAUCGCAUUGCUUUCAUGUU